AUGACCUCUUCAAAGCCCUCCAAGGAUGAUAUCGAUAGCUCGAACAACAGCGGCCAAACGGUCUGUCUCGAGGAUGAACCCAGCUUCCGUCCCUGCAUGUUGCAAGUUCGCAGGCUCCAGUCAGUGGAUGAGGAGGCAGUGUUGAAAGAAGAAGAGGAAGAAGUCCAACAUCCCUGCAAAAGAACCUUUAAACCAAAGUACAUUGUCGGCGCUGCAUUCUUGGUGGCCACUAUCAUAUUUGCAGUCUUCAUGAUCGGCUGGAUGAAGAACAGUACCCUAGCCUCCUAA